GCCAAUACAUAACCAGUACUGUUGUAAUACACGUCCGGCUUAUCAACAGAACACAACCGCGAGCGGCUUCAGCCUCAUAGGAGAGGAGGGACGCUGGCACCAUGGAUGUUCGGUUACAAUCACUGUCAGUGCGGCCCAUCAUGCCACAGGUGGAUCUAUCUAACUCCACAUUGCUGACUGUGUCUGUCAUGUCACCAGCAUACCCAGUUCCCGAACACUACAUCAUCCUGGCCAUCGGCCACAUCCUUCUGACACUGUGGAUCUGCUUCUCCAACACCACCACCAUCAUCACCAUCGGGAUGGACCCUCAUCUCAGGAUUGUCCCAAAGAACCUGCUCAUCGUCAACUCCGCAGUGACAGAACUCAUCGUUGGCCUCUUCUGUUGUCCACUGUAUACAGACAGCCUUCUCCACGGAACGUGGAGGAACUCCAGAGGUGCAUGCAUCACCUAUGAGCUUGUCUUCUACAUCCAAGUGUGCAUCUCCGUAUUGUCAGUCCUCAUUAUUAAUGUCGAGCGAUUCUACUAUCUCUUGUCUCCCCGUAUGAUGGAUGGUUCUGGGAAGGGUAUCCUGACUUCAGUGCUCAUCCUUCUUCCCUGGGUUAUUGGCGUGGGUCUUGUGGCUCCCAUGUACUCUGAAGGUAUUGCCAUGAACAACCUGCAGACUACAGAUGCCGGACAUUGUGUUAUUCUCUGGAAAUGGAAGUUCCAGAUUGUCACCUGCUUUGCCAGUUUCUUUGCUCCUUCAUUCCUGGUGAUAUCAAUGAUGACAACAGUCGUCAUUGUCUACGUCAUAUUUGGGAUUCUGGCAAAGAGGGGGAACAGGGAAGUUCAUACGGAGGAGAAACCUUGCCGCGAGUCUUUACACACGGUACUUCUCGCCAGUUGUGUGUGUGUAGGUAUGCUGUUCCCAGUAUUCUUCUGUCUCCUAAUGUAUCUGUUCUGCAACUCAAACAACUCGUCCUGUAUUAGGUCGGACACAGUCUGGGGGAUCACCAUGUAUCUUGCGAUGAUCAAAUCUGGAGUGAUGCCUCUGGUGUGGCUGGUAUCAACUGAUAUCCGCCAUGCAGUGUUAUCGAUGUGGAACAGGAACAGAUGCAGAUCAAGACCAGUCUUGCAGAGAUCCUACAGUUUUACAUUAUCACUUGCUUCAUCUACUCGAUCCACAGAUACUAGCUUCUAACCCUUGGACGACAAACGUCAUGACAGUCUUCUCGUCAUAUGAUGAAAGUCAGUUUGAACUUGUCUGCAUCAGAUGAGUAGCAGCAGAUUACCCAGCAUUAUUUACUGAUGUUUCUAGGAAUCUAAAUAAGAAAAAGCAUACAAGUUUCUAUUGUGUGGAGAAUGUAUGUCAAGUGAGAUUUUCAUGUCACUCUGUUCUGUUGAAACAAUCAAAAUG